GGUGUCGCCGCAGCCGUCCGUGUAACACCACGUUAUGCUGUGCUGAAACUUCAGCCCGAUUCUGAUUGUGUGGCCUUGUUUCAGUUUGCGCUUUCGCAAGGUAUCUGCGACAUUUCAUUCGUCACCUCACCAUACGAGUUCUUCACGGAACUUCGUGAUUCAUCAGCCUCACCACGGACCUCUCGUCUUGAAACUGUCUCUCCUCCGCUCAUUACUCCAUCCACCUCGCACACCUCUUCAUCUGCUCAACUUCCUCCUACACUCACAGCCAACAAUGACCAGAAUUCCUCCAGCUCAGAAACUGUCCCUGGCGGUUUCUCGAACCCCGAUGACGGACAAACAGCUUCGUCACGUUGCGCCUCAAUCGAAUCAGCAACGCCUCCACCCGCCUCGAUGGACCAUUUCAACACCGUACUCUCGACGUUAUUUGGUAAAGGAGAACCUGCUAAGGACGUGCGUAUAAUUAAUGGGCCUCCGCCAAAGGCCACAUCACCCCCUCCUGAAAUCCCUGGUCCUGGACAGAUAAAAUGUCGUCUGUGUGGCAUAACAGUCAGCUGCAAGAAAAUCGCAAACUUGACAGCUCAUGCUUUAAAAAUUCAUACUCCAGUGCCAUUGUGGAAGUGUCCGAAACGCGAAUGUGAAUUCGACCAUGCGGAUUUCACCAGGGUGCGUUCCCACAUUCGAACCUCACAUCCGGAACUUCAAGGUGAAAUACCUCGUGAUAACCGUAAUUCGGUUACCGUGCCCGAAGCUCAACGCUACCUCGCCCAUUGCUAUCCCUCCAUAGACUGGGCACAUCAGUACGCAAAUAUUUUUCCUACAGUAAAAAAGGAUAGCAAGGAACAGUCUCAGACCGAACUUCGAGACCCCGCCUCUGAAUGGUAUACAGUAAUCGAUGAAAGCAAUCUGAAUACCCCAGUACAAUGUAGUGCAUGUAGACUGAUGGUUGCCCUCAAUAAGCACAGUAUCGAGGAUCAUGUGAAAACAAUGCACAGUAGCGGACGACCGUACCAGUGUGGAAUAUGCAAAUAUACCAGCGUCGAAGAGUGGAAAGUUCGAGUUCAUGCGUCCAUCAAACAUCCGGAAACACCAUGCCUUCAAAUGCUCACCUUGGCCUCACAUAGCAAACCUUACCUCUACAUCAGAGAACUUUUCCCGGAUAUUGCUGCUCUGCUACCAGAGGACGAAGUCGACGAAAUGCUUUACGGGUUCCGUCAACUAAAUCCGUCCGUGCUACUUUCAGUACCGACCUCACUCAAUUCGCUUUCCGAAAAUGUUGCUGAUAACACUGUCGUUGAUUCUACCUCAUGUUUUGACCUCAAGCCAACCAAGCCUCCGACACAGCUCACUGAAGAAACUACCCCAAUGUUACCGGAUCCAUUCCAAACGAUAUUCCUCGAAUUACUCAACAAUCAACAUACACCUCUUCCUGUUAAACCGUCUCCCAUACGAAAAAAUCAUAACUCGCUAUCGGUUGAGCGAUUUGGAAGCCGAGUGGAGUGCGCUAUGUGCAAAGCACCAGUGGAAAGCAAGCGGACAAUGCUGGUCGGUCAUGCCAAAUCUCACUGUCCACAGCGACAGUGGCAAUGUCCUCACUGUGAAACGACCGCCGCUUUCCAUUCGAAACUGAAAUUGCACGUUCAAAACGCUCACAAAAGUGAUGCCGAACCUAUGGACAUGUACUCAGCCGAAUUGGAGAACAAAUGGCUAGAACUGUUCCGGCAAUGCUUUCCACAAUUCGCUCAGCAGUGUUUCGUCGAAGAGUGGAAGUUCCGUUCCAAACAACAGCAACAUCUUCAUAGCAUAUCGGCGGAUGAUUGGAACCCUCGAGGAACUGAUGGUGGCGAACAGCUGAGACGUACGAUUCUGAUUGAACCGGAAGAGCCACGAAAGGAGGUCGAGGAAAAGCCAGAAAACCAUCACAACACUUCAUCAAACGGUCUUCAACAUCAUUCCAUUCCAUCACAACCAUUUUGUAAUAACAGUGCUUCUGUGUAA